AUGAGCCGGCACGCACUCCGGUCCGCGCUGGGGCGCGCUGCCCCCUCAGGAACCGCUCGCGCCCUGACUCUACCCAUCCGCACCACGACGCCAGCAUCCUUCUUCUCGACCACCUCCAACUCGGCCUCCGAGAGCAGCAACAAGAACAACAAUACCAGCAGUAACGAUGCGAAAUCCAACGAGAACACAAGCAGCAGCAGCAGCAUCAAGUCAAGGAAACCUCGCGCCCAGUCCGCCGCGGUGCAGCGCCUCGCUCAGCUCAACAACACCACCACUACGAACAACAGCGCACGGGGGCUGGGCGAAGUACGGGGCAUUCCCGCCGGCGGAAUCGAUGCCCGCUCCCUGCGCGUCUCCCCCGACGCCGCCGCGGCGCCGGGGUCCGGGGCGUCGGGCCCCCGCUCCAGGGGCGCGAAGAAGGACAGCGACAAGGAGACGACGCCCGAGAGCGGCAAGCUGGUGUGGAAUCCGGAGGAGCAGGCCGUGCUCGACCGGCUGGACAAGGGCGAGGUGGUGCCGCACACCCCCAAGCUGACGGCCGAGACGCUGACGGGGUACGGCGCGGCGGUGGCGACGGACGCGCCCAUCGGGCCCGCCGAGACGGUGCUGCGCAACAUGCGCCUCAUGACGGGCGGCAUGGCCUUCAACUCGGACUCGGGCGUCACGACCGACCUCAAGGAGGUCAUGAAGCGCUACUUUUACAAGAAGCCCAUCUUUGUGCACAGCAAGGGCGAGCGCGAGUGGAUCGAGAGCGCCUACCCCAAGCUCCGCCUGGUCGGGCCCAACGAGAAGAUCAAGAAGGCCAUCCUCGAGCCCGCCGUCCUCGGCAAGUACGAGGAGCCCAAGUUUGCCGACAUCACCGACGUCAAGGGCACCAUGGCCAACUACCACUCCCGGACUUCUACCUACAUGGAGGCCGACUCGCAGAAGUUUAUUGAUAAGGUGCUCUCGCUGCUGCCGCCUCAGCAAGGUGGUAAGCCCGCUGCUCAG